AUGGCCUUUGGUGACCUCCUGGAGCAGGUGGGGGGCAACGGACGCUUCCAGGUCCUGCACGUGACCCUCCUCUGCAUCCCGGUCGUGAUGCUGGCGAGUCACAACCUGCUGCAGAACUUCGUGGCGGCCGUGCCUCACCACUACUGCAGCGCGCACGCUAACUCCUCUCGGCCCCAUCUGAGCGCCGAGGAAACGCUGCUGGUGUCGGUGCCGCUGGACCCGAAGGGGAAGCCCGAGAGGUGCCGGCGUUACGCGGCUCCGCAGUGGGACCUCCUGACUACGAACGGGACCCCCGUCACCGAGGAUACUUUGGACGUCGACCUGCAGGGAUGCGCAGACGGAUGGUCCUACAACAUGACGGACAUGAGCUCCACCAUCAUAUCUGAGUGGGAUUUGGUGUGUGAUCAGCGCUCUUUGAAGCAAAUGGGACAAACGGUCUACAUGGGGGGGGUGCUGGUUGGAGCUCUCGUCUUCGGAGGUCUGUCAGACAGAUACGGCCGCCGCAUCCUCCUGCUCAUAUCCAACCUGCUGAUGGCGGUGUCCGGAACGUGUGUUGCCUUCUCCACCUCCUUCCCCCUCUUCUGCCUGUUCCGCUUCGGUUGCGGCAUGGCUCUGUCGGGCCUGGGCCUCAACACCUUCUCGCUCAUUCUGGAGUGGAUCCCGACUCGCCUGCGCACCGUGGUGGGGGCGAUCACGGGCUACAGUUACACGCUGGGUCAGCUUCUCCUGGCACUCAUAGCCUACUAUGUGCGCGACUGGAGGUGGUUAACCCUGGCGGUGUCUUGCCCCUUCUACGUCUUCUUCCUCAUUGCAUGGUGGUUUCAUGAAUCUUCCAGAUGGCUUGCUCUGACCCAUAAGCCAGAGCAAGCCAUCAAGAACCUGAAAAGCGUUGCGAGAUUUAACGGACGGCAUGAAGAGGCUGAGAAAAUCAACGUUGAUAUGCUGCAGGAGUCCAUGAAGAAAGAGAUCUCCUGUGUGAAGGGCUCCUACUCUUUUCUGGAUCUGUUCCGCACCCCCACGAUGAGAAAAAUGACCAUCUACCUCAGUGCCGUCUGGUUAUCAACCAGCUUUGCUUACUACGGUCUUUCUAUGGACCUGCAAAAGUUUGGGGUGGACAUCUACUUAAUCCAAGUAAUCUUCGGAGCCGUGGACAUCCCCGCUAAAGUCAUCAUCACUGUGUGUAUGAGUUUAAUCGGACGGCGACCGUCACAAAGCGGCGCUCUCAUCGUUGCUGGAAUCACUAUUCUGAUCAACCUUAUGGUGCCUAAUGAUAAACAGAUGGCUCGCACCUGUCUGGCCGUGUUAGGUAAAGGAUGUCUCGCCGCCUCCUUCAACUGCUGCUACCUUUACUCUGGAGAACUCUACCCCACCAUCAUGCGUCAGAACGGGAUGGGCUGGGUGUCCAUGACGGCCCGCGUGGGGGCCAUGGUGGCCCCCAUGGUGCUCCUCACGGCCGACGCCGUACCCUGGCUACCGGGUUUAAUCUACGGAGGAGCUCCGAUUCUCAGCGGAGUGGCCGCCAUCUUUCUUCCGGAAACACUCGGCUCGCCACUUCCCGACACGAUACAGGACGUCGAGAACAGAGGAUCUGGGAAAAUCUCCAAAAAGCCUCCAGAGGAAAUAAUAAUCCUGCAGGACAACCAGGAGAACCUCUUGAAGCCGGCCGCCUGAGGGCCACUGAGGGCCCCUGAUGGUGUAAUCAGAGUAUAUGGGUACCGCUGAGUUGGGCCCGGCGCGUUAAUCUGCCCAUCUGAGCAUAAUGGGUUCAUUGUGUGGUUUUUGUGUUGGACGAUUGGAGUUGCAAUGUUAUUAUUUUUUUGUGGACAAGUCAAUACAGUGGAAUUA